GUCCUCCAACCAGAAGAAGCCAAACGACGACGACGACGAGGAGACCUUUGGCGGUUACACACGGCGUCCUACCGUCUUCUGGUGUGCCUACCUAUUCGGGCUACCAGCGAACCGAGCGACCAAACGAAGCUUCAGUCGACGCCGCGCAACCAAACGGUCCAGACCUGUCAGCCCGGAAGACACACGCGCAGCAACUCAACACUUUUACGAGCCACCGGCCUACUCUAAGUAAUACGGGAGAUCCCGACUGUUGGCAGCGUGACACUAUACGCGUGUCGCGUAGUUCGUUUUACAACUAACCGCCUUUCGCGAGUUUCGUUCUUUCGUUCAUCGAAAGUUUACACUUUCGACCAAGUUCCAAGAUUUUCCCCUGCGGAAGACUGCUACUGGACAUUGCUCGCGGAUCAACCUUUUAUUCGCAUUCCUACAGUCUCUACUGGCAGCGAUACGAGGAUUCUCUCGCGACGUGGUACAAGCAGUGAUCUCACUCCCAGGAGUCAGCCGUGCCCGAGACUAGCUUUGCGCGGGAGGAGAAGAGCGAGUCGAAGAACGACAGUCAAGAAAGACAGAUAAAGAGAGAAAGAGAGAGCAUACGAAAGUCUGCGAGCGAGAGGCAGAGAGAGAGAGAGAGAGAGAGAGAGAGAGAGAGGGAGAGCGCGCGAGCAUCGGAGAGCACUAAGAAAGGAGACAGAGGGAGACAGAAGAAGUGGUAGGAGUGACUCCGGGCGUUAGCGAGAGAGCGAGAGAGGCGGGCAGAGGGAAAGGAGAGAUAGAGACUCGACCAAGAGAAGGAGCGGUGGGAAUUUAUAAGGAUGUUCGCGAUAAUGCCGAUGGAGACAGAGGGGCACGGCAGGGAGUUCGGCCGGCGGCAGAAGAUGCGCGCCAAGUGCACGGUAGAGUUCGUCUGCAAGUACUGCCAGCGGCGCUUCACGAAGCCCUACAACCUCAUGAUCCACGAGCGCAGCCAUAAGGACGACGUGACCUUCACCUGCGAGGUCUGCGGAAAGUCCUUCAAGCGGCAGGACAACUUCAAGCAACACAGAUGUGGGUGGCGGUGAGCGGGAGCUCUGAACCUCCUGCACCUUGACACACGCACACGCACGCACACACAGACACACACAUACACAUAUACAAUACACACAUCAGUUAAUGACAUCCAGUUGAUAAACAAUACCAACGACAACAAUAACAGCAACAACAACAACAACAACAACAAGAACAACAAGAACAACAACAACAACAGGGACAACAGCAACAAUAAAACUACAACAGAAUAUGAUAACAAUUGUGACACGACAAACUACAACCAUGCACUAUUUGAUUACCCGCACUUUUUCCCGGUCGCGACGAAAGCGCGAUCAACAACCAUGCCACUACCGCCACCACAGAAAACCCCAGCAUGCGUAUGCUACUUUCUCUUCAUCAUCAUCAUCAUCAUCAUCAUCAUCAUCUUUCUCUUCUUCUUCUCUUCUGUCUGCCUCUUUCGCUAUUUCGUCUUCUCAGUGUAUCUGCGACUUUUACUACCCUCACUACGACUUCUUCAUCGUCGGCUAUUUCUCGUACUAACACACGGCGCGCACGGCUCCCACGCUUUAACAAGGCGGCGAGAAUGAUUGAUAAAUAAGAAGAAAAUUUAGUGAAUGUGAGUGGGAAGAAAACGAGGGGUUUUCCUUGGAAAUGUACUCUCCUCAUCUUCCGAUUUCGACCAUCUCUGUUCCAGGAGCAUACACUCUGUUCCCUACAAGGGCUCCAACGGCUACUCAAAUGGCUAUUCGAAUGGCUACUCUAGGUAUUAGAAGCCAUCCGGCCAACUACUAUCCUAAACUCCCGUAGACACGCGUUUCUCUUUCUCUAUCGAAUGCUCUAGCUACCGACCUAGUUCUUCCUCAUGUCCCUCCUCUAUUAGAGCGAUUCUUCGCGUCGAUCCGACGACAUGUCGAACUUGCAAGAGAUAUCGUGUUUGCGUACGGCAAGGGAAUCGCGAUACUCCGUUAAUUUUUGUCACCACCCUCGCCUAUCACCCUCGCAUCUAGUUUGUCCGUCCUGCUUCUUUGAGUUUUUUUUCGCUUCUGUUCACCCUCCUUCCGAGCCUACACCCAGACGUCAGCCACAUCAGAGGAAUCUUCGUUUUGACCUGACACGAAGUGCACGAGUGCAGAGCCGAGAGAACGAUGGAAGCGAUUUGGGAUACAGCGACACAACGAACUAUUAUAAUUUCAUCGAACUUCUUUUGUAAUUCGGCUGAUUCGAACGGGUAAUGACAUUCUUGUUCUAAACACAUGUCGAGCGAUUGACUAUGUCCAAAGCGUUUAAGGAAUUUACCGUUUAAGAUACAAUUGGAUAGAUGAUAUUAGAUAUCAUGCAUAAUUCGAAAACUCCCGCACCUCGUAUGAAUACAACAGUUCAUGCGUUCUAUGUAAAGAGACAACGAAUGUAACGAAAGAAGACAGGUGCGGCUAGAAUAUAACAAAAUAAUUUAUUUAUCAAUUUAGAGAAAUUAUCUAAAACUUCUUUCCAUCGAUAUGCUCUACUUUAAUUAAAGACAUUCUAACGAUGAUAAAAUUGUUUCAACUUAGAUCUUUUUGUUGUGCACAAUGUCAGUGCUUCGAUUCGUGGACAAACGACGAGAAAAAGAAUAAGAAGAUGUUUCGGAAAUUGAUGGCGCAAUUAUAAAAGAAUUGGCUAUUCGUCCAGGAAUCGAUGCGGACGAUACACCGUUCUUCCGCAUUUUCAUAACGGAAGCUAUCACAACGCUGCUCCUCGGGCUAACGUCCUAAAUUGGACUACGUAAUAACCCACUAGCUCUAUAAGAGCGCUGGUUGGAGGAUACACUGUUCGCUUCUUCGCGUGCUACCGUGGACCACGCCCAGGCCCGGAGCGACGUCUUCCUGACCUACCACCUGGCAAUCAGGCCGCGGAGCUACUUGGCUUCCCCUUCAGAAAAUCCACAUAAUUUCGCGACGGCGCGGCAGCGACGCGACUCGUCGCAUCGCCGGGAUCGUCCAAGUAAAAUCGUAUCUCACGAGCGUGCGCGAUUGUUGCGCAUAUGAAGACACGACCAGACAGCCUUGGAACCACGUGGUAUAAGGUGGGUCCGCGGUGAUAUCGCUGACGCAAAUACCAGUCAGCUGAGAUUGGUUUCCAGCGGGUGAACCCUCAGCGAGAUGUCCCUUCGAUUCCAACUGAGACGCGACCCAUUGAAGUGGAAUGAAGAUCAACUGCUAUUAUUUCCGAGCGUCGAUCGUAUCUUUCUUUCUUUUCCUCUUUUUUUUCUAUAUCAUUUAGUUUCUCUUUUCCUUUAUUUAUACCCGUGCGGAUCGCGCGACGAGUAUAAAGUGUUCGAAACGUGGACGGAGGGAGGAGAUCGCACCGUGAUGGAGCAAUCGGUACCGCAAUGCUCGAAGCAGGCAGACGCGAAGCUAUACAAUGUAGAUGGUGACGUUGAUUCCCGCUUGCUUCUCGAGCAAGACGCUAAAUACGAGAACCGAGUGGGAAUGCGCGUGUGGCGAGCAUAAAUACAAUCGUCGCGUUCGAAAUCGUUCAGCUCACAAUCGGAUGCAAACUGCAAGAACCUUCAGUUCUCGUGGUGAAGCCGGUAGGAAUAUACUAUACAAUCAGAAUAAUUUUUUUAGAUUUUAUAUCUCUUUCUAUCAAAUCAAUUCAUAAUUCUACUUACAGAUCAUAUUCUGAUUACGAAUUGGAAUAUGAGUGUUAAUGUUUUAAAUGUUUAAGUACAAUUUUUAACGUAAAUAACAAAUUGUGUAAAAACCGAUACAUACAUUAUCGAUUUUUAUAUGUAUUUCUCAAGAAAGUUAAAAUUAUAUUUAGAUUUGUCACACGUGCCUCAACUUUAUGCUAUAUUCCUACCUCUCUUCUAAUAUCUAUGUUAUAUUUGAUGAUUUAUCGAUUUAGAUACAUACUGCGCAAAGAGAUAUAUCGUUCAAAUUAUUAUAAUCAGAAUAAUGAGUUCUUACUUUUCCCUUACUCUUCUAAUCACCCUCCGACUCGAGUAUCGCUCGAGUCCAUCGUGAUAAAUUGUAAAGAAUGUAUUUUUUUAAAUUAAAUUUAAUAUAUUUUGCGGCAUGCUUUUCAAACUGUAUAUUAAAAGGAGAGAAAGUGUUCGGACUUGUACGUUAAUGAGGGUUUUUGCGUGACUGCUUGUAAUGCUUAUAAUGACACCGCUAGAUAUUAUUAUUUUUUCGCUUUGAUACGACAGAAAAGCCACGAAACAUUCUUAAAUGGUGUUAGUAAUAUAACGCGUGUUUUUGGCUACGGCGUCUCGAGAAUAUCGAGAUCUGUCAGUUAGCUAGUUCGCAGAAGGUGAUAUGAAAAAUUUAUAAAAAUGAACCACGAUGGCUUCGGGAGCUAACAGGAUUUUUUUUCUUUCUUUCUAACUUUUGAUUCCUCUCUUAGUGGAAUGAAACCGCGGUCGUACUUUGUAAAUAGCUUAAAUGCGUAUCAAUGCGUCUUUAAUAUUAUUAUAUUAUUAUUAUUGAUUAUUUUAUUAUUAAUUAUUAUUUUAUGGAUGUUAUCGAAAUAGCGCUUAGUCAUUCUGUAUUGUAGCCGCCUGACAGGCCUCACCGAGUGUAGAGCUGCAUUUCGUUGUACGGUAUCAUAGGAGUGAUAAUAAUGUUAUUUUAUUAUUAUUAAAAUUAUUAUUAUAUUAUAUAUUAUUAUCAUGAUGUAUCAAUAUCCAUGCAUGUAUCGCUAGCUUUACACCACCGAGGCAUGCGGUCAGCCCGGUAGGAAGAUUCAUGUUCUUUGUCUCUCCAAGAGAGAUGGGAUAACAUGCGCGUGAUGAUUCCAUGUAUGCUUUCCGCAAAUCGUAUUGUAUUAGUGUGUGUGGGAAAAUUCCACUCCAACGGACUACAAAUAAAUUCGCCAAGUUGUAAAAUGCUA